CCGCUGGCUUAUGAACAGCCCGGAGGAAAAGUUGGUGGUGCCCUUUGUAGGAGAAGCGCAGAGUGGCUUUGGGGACGGGAAUGUUUUUGUGAGCUGGCUGACAGCGAGCUAAAAUGAAUUCCGAUCCUGAUCCCGCCUCAAGUCCCUCUCACCCGCAGCAGCAUCUUGGAAGGUCUCAGCUAAAUGCUGCUCCUGUGGACCAUAGUGAGAGCAGUCAGAGACCCAGGACAUCUGCAGAUUCUGCAACUUCUUCAGUUCCUGGCUACUCCCGUAGCAGGGAGAAAACAGAAAGAAAGGAGGGCAUGAAGGAAGAGGCUGAAGUGCUCUUUGAAGAACUGCUUGAGAGGGCCAAAGCUGGAGACCCAAAAGCACAAACAGAGGUGGGGAAGCACUUCUUGAGAUUAGCAGAAGAGGAGGAUGAAGAACUUAACAACUGCAGUGCAGUUGACUGGUUCAUCCUUGCUGCUAAGCAAGGUCGAAGAGAGGCUGUCAAACUCUUGCGUAAAUGCCUGGCAGACAGAAGAGGCAUAACUUCUGAGAAUGAGGAAGAAGUGAAAAAGUUAUCAUCUGAAACUGACUUGGAGAGAGCUGUGCGAAAAGCUGCCUUGGUCAUGUAUUGGAAAUUAAAUCCAAAGAAGAAGAAGCAAUUAGAGAUUUCUGAACUGCUGGAGAAUGUUGGGCAAGUUGACAAUGAAGAUGGUGAGAAGCAGCCUGGUCCGGUCCCUAAGUCUGUGCAGAAGCAGAGAAGGAUGCUGGAGCGAUUAGUGAACAGUGAAUCUAAAAAAUUUAUUGCUCUGGAUGACUUUGUUGAAAUUACCAAGAAGUAUGCAAAGGGAAUCAUCCCAUCUAACCUGAUUAUGCAGGAAGAAGAAGAUGAUGAGCUGGCAGGGAAGAGUCCUGAAGAGUUACCCCUACGACUGAAGGUUGUAAAAUAUCCACUUCAUGCCAUUAUGGAAAUUAAAGAAUACCUUAUAGAUAUUGCAUCAAAGGCAGGAAUGCAUUGGCUGUCUACCAUUGUUCCAACACACCAUAUCAAUGCUCUCAUCUUUUUCUUCAUCAUCAGUAAUCUGACAAUUGAUUUUUUUGCCUUCAUUAUUCCAUUAGUCAUAUUCUAUUUGUCCUUCAUUUCUAUGGUGAUUUGCACACUGAAAGUUUUUCAGGACAGUAAGGCUUGGGAAAACUUCCGUGCUUUGACUGACUUACUGCUUCGUUUUGAACCAAACCUAGAUGUUGAGCAAGCUGAGGUGAACUUCGGAUGGAAUCACUUAGAACCAUACAUUUAUUUUUUACUAUCAGUAUUCUUUGUUAUUUUUUCCUUCCCUAUAGCAAGCAAAGACUGUAUACCAUGCUCAGAGUUAGCUACUGUCUCAGUUUUCUUCACAGUGACAAGUUACAUGAGUUUAAGCACGUGUGCAGAACCUUACACACGAAGAGCAUUAAUGACUGAGAUAGCUGCCGGUUGCUUAUCCCUACUGCAGGUAUUACCUGGGAAUUUUGGCUACUUGAAAUUCCUAGGUAAAACCUUCUUUACAGUGCCUGUAGGCCAUUUCUUUGUGAUCAAUGUAAGCAUCCCGUGCCUUCUGUUUUUGUACUUGUUCUAUCUUUUCUUUAGAAUGGCCCAACUACGGAAUUUUAAAGGCACCUACUGCUACCUGGUCCCAUAUCUGGUGUGCUUUAUGUGGUGUGAACUCUCUGUGGUCAUUCUGCAGGAGUCCUCUGGCAUUGGGCUCGUUCGUGCAUCCAUCGGUUACUUCCUGUUCCUCUUUGCACUCCCAGUGCUGGGUGUAGGCAUUGCACUGAUGUGUCUUGUCCACUUUAUUAAGUGGUUUUUGUCUUUGGAGCUCAUGAAAAUUGUAGUGACCCUGGUUUUGUGUGCUGUUCCUUUGCUCUUUCGAUGGUGGACAAAGGUUAACUUCUCUGUAGUUGAAGUGGUUAAAUCUCUCACUCGAAGCUCGAUUGUGAAACUUAUCCUGGUGUGGAUUACAGCUGUAGUGCUGUUCUGUUGGUUCUAUGUGUAUCGAUCUGAAGGAAUGAAAGUUUACAACUCCACACUGACAUGGAAUCAGUAUGGUUUCCUCUGUGGACCCCGGGCCUGGAAGGAGACUAACAUGGCACGUACUCAGAUUUUGUGCAGUCACCUGGAAGGACACCGAGUGACAUGGACUGGGCGGUUCAAAUACGUGCGCGUGACAGAAAUCGACAACAGUGCAGAAUCUGCAAUAAAUAUGCUUCCAUUUUUUAUUGGCGAUUGGAUGAGAUGCUUGUAUGGUGAAACCUACCCUCUUUGUGAUCCCAAAAAUGUUACACUGGAGGAGGAAGAAUUGUGUCGUCUGAAGUUUUUGACAAAGCAUAAAUGCCACAUGAAAAUGUUUGAUCGGUACAAAUUUGAAAUAACUGUGGGCAUGCCUUUCAGUAGCAAAAAUGGAAGCAAGCCUAUAGAGGAGGAUGAUAUAACCAAAGAUAUUGUGCUGAAGGCAAGCAAUGAGUUUAAAAAAGUGUUGCUGAACUUGAGGCAAGGGAGUAUAAUUGAAUUCAGCACUAUUCUAGAGGGUCGUCUUGGCAGUAAAUGGCCUGUCUUUGAACUGAAAGCAAUCACUUGCUUGAAUUGCAUGUCUAAACUCCUACCUGCAGGGAGACACGUGAAAAUAGAGCAGGACUGGAGGAGCACAGUGCAUAAAGCCAUUAAAUUUGCUUUUGAUUUUUUCUUCUUCCCAUUCCUGUCAGCUGCAUAAUGUGUUCACAUAUUAUUUUGGUGGUAUUUUCAGUGUCCACUGCAUUUACACUAGAAAAGGUUUGGCUUCUUAAGAGAAAAGAAAAAAAAAAACCAGCAAAAAACUACCAUGCUGUAGCAAUGCUCAAAAAGUAUGCUAAUAUAGCGCACUGGUUGAGUUUUGCAAGUGUACACACCGUAUCCUGACCUUAAGCCCUGUAUGAGUGAAGUAAUAUAUAGUACUUUAAUACUACAAACUAAUGCAGGGGAUCACUGCUGACUUAUUGCAUGGAAACUGUUUUGUCCAAAAUGGAUAUAUUGCCUGUGGUACAACACUAGAUGCAUUCACUUGCUCAAUGUUAAAUGCACUUUACUCUUUUAAGUAUUCUUUUUGUGCCCAUUUGUAUUUCCACAGGUAUGGUUUAGAAUAGGUAGCUGACAACAGCUUUUGUUGCAUUUAUUGCUUGUAUUUAUUUGGUGUUUUCUAGAGAAAAGUGAUCUUGGAGUCAGUACCUGUUAGUGAUAUUUGCGUGCAGCAAUCACUGUUUCACUAUUUGUCCAGAAGAUAGUGACCACUGUUUUUUGAAGGGGCACAACAUUUCACACCCCAGCAAGGUUUUACAAAGUCCCCAGGCUUCUACUUUGCAUUAAAUAUUGUGUAUGAAAUUUGCUAUUUGUUCUGAUUGGUUACACUAAGGUAUAGUCCAUGCUGGUGUGUGAAAGGCAAAUACCAAGGCUGAUAUUGAGAUGGUACCAGUAAUGGACAAGCUACAGCAACUGAAAAUAUCCCUAAAAGUCUAUAGUGGAAAUGGAAAUAGAAUUUUUGUUUAAUUACUUGUAUUUUGCAAAUAAACAUGAAGUACAAGCUUGAA